AUGGAGUCUACUCUCAACAACAACUCUCCAGCUAUUACCGCCAGCAAUUCUUCUGCCGCUUCUAUUAACAAUCCUAUAGCUACAACCUCUGGCAACAACUCCUCCUUUGCUAGCCUUUAUGGAGUGUCCCAUUCAGUUGCCUCUGCUGUUCCAGUAGUCGCCACUGUCUCAUAUGCCAAACCUUUUCCUAAUAUCUCCAAAAUUGAAAUGUUUGGAGGACAAAAUUUUAAAAGAUGGCAAGAACGCAUUCUUUUGAUCCUUGACAUGUUCGGUGUAGCUGCUACUCUCACAUAUCCUAAACCUGGAUCGUCUACUGAUCCAAAACAUUUGGAAAUCUGGACUCAUGCUGACAAGGUAUGUAGGCAUACUAUCAGUAGCACCUUAGCUAAUGACUUGUUUGAUAUCUAUUGCCCCUAUAAAGAAGCCAAGGAUAUAUGGGAUUCAAUGAAACUAAAACACAUUGCUAAGGAUGCUGGGAAGCAAAAAUUUGUUAUUGACAACUUCUAUAGGUGGGAGAUGACGGAUGACAAGGAUAUCAAGAUGCAAAUCAAUGAAUACCACAAACUUCUGGAAGAUCUCAAGGCUGAAAACAUCAAUUUGCAAGAUGAGUUUAUUGCAGGAUUGUUGAUUGAAAAGCUGCCAAGAUCUUGGAAGGAUUACAAGCAACAACUCAAACAUAAGCACAAGCAAUUGUCACUUGCAAAUUUGACCACCCACGUCAUAAUUGAGGACACCAAUAGAAAGGAACUCAAAGUUGCAGAAUCAAAGGAGAUGGCUUCAAAAGUACACUUGGUGCAAGAUAAAUUUCACAAGCAAAAUAAGAGGUAUAAUAACAAAAAACCUGAUUACAAGCCUAAAACUACUAACUCCAUCUCAAUAAGAAGGGAAAUUGUUUUGUUUGUGGAAAGCCAGGUCAUCAUGCACCUCAAUGCAUAA